AUGGAUCCAGACAGUGGGGCAGAACCACAAAAAGCUGUCAGUUUGCAGUGGAAGAGCUACAAACUUGUCCAGGACCCAAUCAUUCGGAGGGUCACACUGAAAAUCUACAGAUACGAUGGAGUGCAUUUCAGUGUACCAGACUCUGGAUUUCCACCCGUGGGUGAACUGCGGGACCCUAGACCCAGAAGACUAUGGUCCAGGUAUACAGAAAUGUCCCUGCCGGUGCCAAAGUUUAAGCUUGACGAGUUCUACGUGGGUCCAAUACCCCUCAAGGAGGUGACCUUUGCUCGACUCAAUGACAACAUCAAGGAGCCCUUCUUGGCGGAAAUGUGUGCCAAGUUUGGCGAGGUGGAGGAGAUGGAGAUCCUGUUUCAUCCCAAGACAAGGAAGCACUUGGGCUUGGCCAGGGUGCUGUUCACCAGCACCAGAGGAGCCAAGGACACCGUCAAGCAGCUGCACAACACCUCAGUCAUGGGUAACAUCAUUCACGCUCAACUGGAUAUAAAAGGCCAGCAGAGACAGAAGUAUUACGACCUGAUAGUAAACGGGUCCUACACUCCUCAGACUGUACCCUUGGGGGGCAAAGCUUUGACAGACAGGAUCCAGCCUCAGGCUCCAACGCAGCCGCAGCCACAGCCACAGCCCGACACGUCAUCCGAAAUCAGGCGGAGGCUCUCCAGUGACCUCGCAGUGUUGGCAGCGGGGGUCCAGGCUCUCUCAUCAGGGAACACCCCUUGCUCUGGGGAUACCGGCUUCAGCGAUCAGCGUCUGGACACCCCCCCUCCCUCCAUGACAGGCCCCUACACCCCCGGGUCCUCUGCUUCCUCUCAGGGCGGAGGAACACCGUACAGCUCCAGAUCUGGGACUCCUUUCUCUCAAGAUUCUGGCUACACCGGCGGCAGGCAUACUGGAUACAACACUGGCACUUUGGGCAGCGGCUACCCUCCCCAGGACAUGCUACCUUCCUCCUCCUCGUCUUCCGCAGUCUCAUCCACUGUUGGAGGAUACAAAGUGUCUCGCUACUCUGAGGAUGCACAGGAGCCCUCGGUGUACCACAGAGGCCGCCCCAUGUACCCCCCGAACACAUCAUACCGUCCCAAUGAGCCGCCGUGCUAUCCUCCGUACCCUAACGCCGGAGGGCCCGGGCCACACAUGGCUCAUCAUUCCUCGAUGCCUCCGCCGCCGCUCGCCACCCAGUACGACCAGCCCCCAAUGUCAGACAGGGACAGGGACCGUGACAGAGACUCAGGAGGCCGCUACGGGCCGGGGGGGAUCGGCUCCAGAAGGUCGUCUUAUCAUCACCAGCAGGAAACAAACUCUUCCUCCAAGUACCAUUCCCAUCACUCCCACCACCACUCGGACCGCAGGGACGACCGGGGGUACCGGCGAGACAGCCUGGGCUCCCGGUCAGGUGAGCACAGCCACCAGAGACAUCGCAACCACCAUCAUUCUCAUAAUCACCACGGCGGCGGCAGCAGCAGCAGCAGUAGCAGCCGCCGGAGGAGCAGCCACGACCGGGACAGGGACAGGGACCGGGACCGAGACAGAGACAGUGACUACUCCAACAGCUCGGACCCCAGAUACAAUUCAAACUCCUACCGCUCCUCCUCCAACAGCAUGUCUCCUCCCCCUUCAUCCUACUCCGCGUACUCUUCCACCUCCUCCUCCAAAGAGCCCGCCCCCGCUCCCUCUCAGGGAUUGGAUGUUUCGAACCGUCUCGGAGGCACGAGCCUCGCCGAGAGGGGCUCUCUGCCUUCGGUAGGCGCCGACAAAGACUUCCACGCAGCUCACCACAGCGCCCUGCCGCCCCCUCCCCCACCACCGCCUCCUCUCCCGCCGGCCUCCGUCAUCGCGGCGGCCGUGGCGGAGACACUCGGCACGCUGGACUUCAACCAGGACAGUCCGGCUCGCGAGGAGCAGUGGACAAAACCCAAACGCCGUCCCAGCACCCCACCCGCCCCGCCAAAAACGCCUCCGCCUUCCUCCCCGACCCACCCUUCCAUCGCUUCCUCCUCAACCUCCCCUUCCUCUACCUCCCUCCCCCACCACCACCUCCCCUCCUCCUCUACGUCCCCGCCGCCCCCCCAGCGUGACUCCUCCUCUCCGGAGCCAGAUUCCACCAACGAGAGUUUACCGUUCGUCUACCACAGCAGCAGCCUCGACUCUCGUAUCGAGAUGCUCCUGAAGGAACAGAAGGCGAAAUUUUCUUUCCUCGCCUCCGAUGAGGAAGACGAGGACGACAGGAAAGAGGAGAAGCAGAGGGGAACGCGUGGGGACGGAGGAGAGAGAAGCGACGCGAAGGGGGAGCACACAAGCGGUAAUCAGGUGGGCGACGGUGGAGAUAAGGACCACAGGAGGAAAGGGGAAAGAGACAGGGGACGGAAACGAGGGAAGGGAGGAGAAGGUAGGAAGAGUCCCAACGCACUCACAGCGACCGCACCGUCCUCGUCCACGUAUCCCCCCCACCUCCCGCCCCCAGAGGAGCCCCAGUCCCAAGUUGGCCUCGCUGGGACGGGACAGGAGGAGUCUUCACAGGUCGGAUCUGCUGACACACGGAGCCGGACGGGAGCGCACACACCUCCUUAUAAUGGGCAGAGUCAGUCCUCCCCUCACUCGUCGGGGGAAGACAUGGAGAUCUCGGACGAGGAGGAAGGGGAGACGACCAUAACGACGGUGACCACCCACCAGCCCUCUGUCACCUCGGGUUCCUCGCCGUCUUCAUCCCAGGCCGCCAUGCCCUCACAAACGACGGACCCCUCCUCUUCGUCCCCGCCCAUCUCUGACUCUGCACAGCACUUUGGCACCUCCAUGCACCCUCCCAUACCUUCCUACCCUCCUCAUUUGCCUCCUCCGCCUCCCCCCGGUUACUCCCUGCAGCCUCCGCCUCCCCCCGGCAUCCCUCCGCUAGCACACAUGGAGCUGCACCCCGAGUACCCUCCCCCCAUGCCCCACCACAUGUAUGACUAUGCCUCCUCCAUGGAGCUGAUGAACCAGUACAGCGGCGGCGCCCCCAUGUCCUUCCAAAUGCAGACCCACAUGCUGAGCCGCCUCCACCAGCUGCGCAUGUCGUCCUCCAACGGCACCCCUGGGCCCGGCGAGGCGGCCACAGGAGACUACUCCUCCUACCACCUCCACUCUAUGCCGCCACCACACACACAUCACCCCUACAUGGACCAAGAGGGGAGCGGGGCAGGGGCUCAUUACGACCAGGACCACCGCUACAUGCCCCAGCACAUGCCCUACGCUUACCCCGACCCCCACAGCACUCAGAUACCGCCCCCUCCUCAUCACGGCAUCCCGCCUCCUCACACGGGCUGGCCGCCUCACGUCAUACCUCCACAUUACCCCUCUUACAUGCCCCCGCCCGGUUACGGCACCAUGCUGCCCGGCGACGGAGACGAGUACAGGGCUCCCGGUGAGGAGAUGCCCAUGCUGGCCGAGAAUCCGCACGAAGCCACCGUGCAGAUGGCCCUCGCCACUUUGAUCCAGGAAAUGAAGAACAUCAUGCAGAGGGACCUGAACCGCAAGAUGGUGGAGAACGUCGCCUUUGCCACCUUUGACGAGUGGUGGGAGAGGAAGGAGACCAAGGCCAAGCCUUUCCAGACGAUGGUUAGGGGGGUGUCUGCGUUACGGGACGACGAGAAGAAAGAGGAAAAGGUCAGCCGUCCUCGGGAGCCUCUCAUGGCUCUCGUGGAUUGGGCAAAGAGCGGCGGCGUGGAGGGCUUCGCUCUCCGAGGAGCACUUCGACUGCCUUCCUUCAAGGUGAAGAGGAAAGACCCUCUGGAGCUUGACGAGGAAGACAUGAAAAGGCCGCGACCCUCGACCCCGCCUGACGAGGAUGACGAAGCUGCUGAUGGGAGGAUGCCCGAGGCAGACAGGCAACGAGCCGAAAGGGACAACAAGAGGAGGAAAAAGAAGCCCAGGAAUCGCAAACCGUGGGAGCUCGACAGCGAGGGAGAGGAGACGUCUGACGGCUCGUCGUCUGAAAAGGACGAUGAGGACGAAGAGGGGGAAAGUGAAAAGGAAUCAGAUGAUGAUGCCCUUAGCGUCGACAGUGAUGAUGAGAGCCUUUCCUCAUCCUCCGAGGGCUCAUCCACCUCAGGGUCCUCAUCUUCGUCGUCCUCCGAGGAUGAGGAUGAAGAAGAGGGAGAAAGGGCGGAAAGCGAGGGGCCAGACACCAUGGAUGAAUCCACCAUGGACAGCACAAACGAGAAGGAGGAUGGCAGGGAAAAUAUGGCAGCUGCUGUUUCAAAGGCAGAGGUCAAAGCAGGUGAAGCCAAGGACCGCAAGACCGAUACAACAUCCGCACCUACCAAGCGUCCUCCAUCGCCCCCAUACCCGCGUCCUUCGUCCCCUAUUGUCCUCGUUCCUCCUCUCAAGAAACGCAGGAAGACUGUCUCCUUCUCAACGGACGAGAACGACAGCAAAGCGCAGCCGCAGACCGCGCCUCUCUCUCCGUCUCCGUCACUACUGGCGGCUGACUCUCCGCUCCUCUCCCCCGGCAGACUCCCAGACUCCCCCGCCUCCGCCACCGGACCGUCUGCUAAAUCCACGCAAGGCAUCCAGCUGCUCCCCUUUGCCUCCAAACCAGGCGAAGGCAACGCCCUCAUCGUUCCCCCGCCCGAACGAACCCAUGAUUCCGAUGAGUCCAAAAAGGGACCCCCUUUCCUUCCUCAGACCACCCCCGUCAAAUCCCCCAGCAAACGGGGCUCGGGCAAAGACUCCCCCAAAUCUCCCGCCCCUCCUGUCAUGGUGUGCCGCACCGUGCAGAACUUGCCGUUGGACCACGCCUCUAUGUGCAGGAUGGCCUUCGAGGAGGCCCCACCUCCGCCUCCCGUCAACAAGCGGUCCAGAGGAAGGCCUCGGACGUCCAGCCUGUCCGCCUCCUCCUGUCACUCCCUCAGAGAGGAAGACGAGGAUGAGGAGGAGAACGAGCAGAGGUUGAGACUCAGAGAGCAGCUGGGGGCAUCGAGCCUCCUCCAGCUGGCUUCGACCACCGACCUGUCUGUGUUGGCUGACGUCGCCCUGAAAAUGGACCCCGACGCCGGGGACUCUGAGGAGACGGAGACCUCUGAUGAAGCAGAGGAGCAGAAGAUGGAGGAAGAUCUCUUCUCGCCGGAGUCGCUGGCUCUGGUUUUGAGCCCAGAGGGUGUAAUUGUCCUGAUGGAGCACAACUACUGCAAACCUCCUGUUCUCCCGGUGUCACCCGGUACCAAAAGGACUUCCUCCAAACAAGACCCCUCUGUCUUGCUCCCUGCAGACCUCAACACUAUUUCUGGGGUGCUCGAAGCGCCAGAGGAGGUCAUUGGGGAGGCGCUACCUCCUGUGUCUUCCAAGGGAGACACAGGAGAAUUCUUGUCUACGAUGGGAGUGCUGUGUGAAUCUGAGGAUGCGGGGCAGGCCGCUUCUCUGCCUCCGUCGGCAAAGAAGAAGAGCAUAGUCGGCAAAGGGUUCGAACUUGAAAAAGACAAGAGCAAAAAGAGGAGAAGAAAAGACAAAGAAAACCAGGAGGUUCACCACACGAAAAAACCGAAGGAGCAACCCGGCAAGAAACAGAGGAAGCGGAAACUAGAGGACUCGGAGGAGGAGGUUGACGUGGAGGAGCUCGAGUCCGGGGAGCUGACGAGCACGGACACCGAGGACGAGGUGGUCGAAGAGGUGAGGAAGAGCGAGCGCCUCUUCCUACAGGAGGCCGGAAUAACGCCGUCGCAACGCUGGCCCAAACCCCUCCCUGCGCCCGAAGCGCUGGCCUUGAAGUUUGAAAACCGAAGCGAGUUCGAGCAGAUGACGAUCCUGUACGACAUCUGGAACUCCGGUCUGGACGGUGAGGACUUGAUGCUGCUGAAGAAGACGUACGAGAAGCUGCUGCAGGACAACCACAGCUCUGAUUGGCUGAAUGACACUCACUGGGUCAACCACACUAUAACCAAUCUGCCAAACCCUCGGCGUAAGAAGAAGAGCGUUGACGGGCAGCUUCGUGAGCACGUGACCGGCUGUGCCAGGAGCGAGGGCUACUACGCCAUCAGCCGAAAGGAGAAGGACGUGUACCUGGAUCUGGACCUGCCCGAGCAGGUCAUACGGGAGGUGGAGAACGUCGACAGCUCGGGAACCAACCGGGUGCUAUCAGAGAGACGUUCGGAGCAGCGCCGCCUCCUCACCGUCAUCGGCACCCCGGCCGUUAUGGACUCUGAUCUGCUCAAACUCAACCAGCUUAAGUUCCGCAAGAAGAGACUUCGAUUCGGACGCAGCAGGAUCCACGAGUGGGGCCUGUUCGCCUUGGAGGCCAUCGCUGCUGAUGAGAUGGUCAUCGAGUACGUGGGUCAAAACAUCAGACAGAUGGUGGCCGACAAUCGGGAGAAGCGGUACGCUCAGCAGGGCAUCGGGAGCAGCUACUUGUUCAGAGUGGACCACGACACGAUUAUAGACGCCACCAAGUGUGGCAACCUGGCACGAUUCAUCAACCACUGCUGCACUCCAAACUGCUACGCAAAGGUCAUCACCAUAGAGUCGCAGAAAAAGAUCGUGAUCUACUCGAAGCAGGCCAUCGCCCUCAACGAGGAAAUCACUUACGACUACAAGUUCCCGCUGGAGGAGAACAAAAUCCCGUGCCUGUGUGGAACAGAGAACUGCCGCGGGACACUCAACUAGCGGGACACACACCCUCUCUCUCUCUCUCCCCUCCCUCAACUCUCCUCAAAAAACAAAAGCCACCUUUUUCCCCCCCCGAACACCUGCCGCUCCUCCAGAUGGCCUCACAGCCGUCCUCACAGUACCCAGGAAACAAGAGACGCACACACUUGCACUUUUUCGCGCACACUUUUCAUUCACCUGGCAGUUUGACAGGCCAGUGCUUGAGGGGGGUUUUGUUUAACCUGGCAUGUGAGUAUUAUAAAUGAGGGGGGGGGCUCUGCUUCAGCAUUAAGCUCUCCUGUGGCAGUAUUGUUUCAUGACUCAAUUGGGGGGCAGGGGGGGAAUAUGCAGCCAAGGCAUGAAAGGUCUUUAUUUCCACGCCAAUAUCCGCUUUGAAGGAAAUCAAUUACAACAGAAAGGAACACACGUUGGUGUUUUAUGUCCGAUCUUCAGCCUGGAUCGCUCUUCCAGUGUCAAAAUCCCUCCCUCCUUCCUUCUUUCCUUUCCUCCUUUCCUCCUUUCCUCCCAACUUACCCCCCCACCCAGAUCCGCACACAGACGCACAGGAAUUUAAAUGAGACAAAUUCAGGGUUUUUAAAAAGCGCUCGUUAAACGGCGCAGUUUUAAGACGUUUAAAAAAAAAAGAAAAGAAAAGAAAAGAAAGGAAAAAGGAAAGAAAAAACUUCAAUCAAUUUGGUCUUCAGUUAUGCAAGAUUUCCAAGUGUGAAGAUUAUUUUUGGAGCUUUUUAUUUUAGUUUCUUUUUUUUUUCUUUUUUUUCUCCCCCUCCUCCACUUCAUAGUAUUAUAUAAUAAUAUUACUAUUGCUGUUAUUAUUAUAUUAUUAUUAAUGGUAUUGUUAUUUAGUUGCAUUUUAGCUGUAAGUAUCUUACAGUGAAAUGAGCCUCAAGUGUAACCUCGCCCUUCCACCUUCCUUUCCCACCCCACUGUACUGUCCGUCAGUGGUUUGUGAUUCACCAGCCCUAUGAAAAAACCAUAAAAGUUCAUUUCCCGUCUUUCCAUUGUGCGUUUACUCUCCUGGUUUGGUUUGAUUUGGUUUGCCGCCACCCUGUCCCCAAAGAAAGCCAUUGUUUUUAAAAAACCCACAGCGAAAAUAUGUCAUUUUGUUUGUAGCUUUUUUUCUUCCCCCCCCCGCCUCCUGCAGGAUCAGCACAACAGAAAAAUAGCCUGUUUUCGUUCUUUUUUGAUGUUUAGUUUGUUUUAGUUUCUCCCCUUGUUAACGUUAAGAAGAAAAAAAGGUCUAGUGAGAUGGAAACCUGUUGAGUGUUCGGUAGAAUCUCUUUUUGUUUAGUUUUUCCUGUCUGUGCUAAGUCUUUCCUUCCUUCCUUGGUAUCCUCGUGUUUUUAUUUUGUUUUAUUGUCCAACCAGCAUAUGUCAGAUUCCCAGCUUCAGCAGUAAUCGGAAACAUCAACAAAGAUUCCCGCCAAACUCCUGCAGCUCCUCGGAAAAGAAAAAAAAGAUGUGUGUGUGUGUGUGGUCGGUGUUUAACUCUUUAAAUGUUUUUAAAAAGGCACAUUUAUUUUAUUUAGAUCAGCUCUUUUUUUUUUUUUUAAGGCUUAGUUUAGUCCCCUCCACCUUUUUUUUUAUUUUUUUUUAUGGGCCUUUCCAGAAUGCAUUAGUAUGUAUUUUAUUUGAAAGUAUUUAGGAGUUGUUUGCCCCUAAAUGAAACAUCCCUCCCUGACAAAUGUAUAUCUUUAAAGGGCAAACAAAAUGUCCUACUUACGAUCUGUUUUUGCAGUGUAGAUGGGUGGAAGGUAUAAACUGUGUGUGUGUGUGUGUGUGUGUGUGUGUGUGUGUGUGUGUGUGUGUGUGUGUGUGUGUGUGUGUGUGUGUGUGUGUGUGUGUGUGUGUGUGUGUGUGUGUGUGUGUGUGUGUGUGUGUGUGUGUGUGUGUGUGUGUGUGUGUGUGUGUGUGUGUGUGUGUGUGUCUGCUUACAUAGAUGAGCCUGAGUAGGAUUUGUGACACGCCACCGCCGCAAACAGGGGCGGGGUGGGGGAGUGUGUCUGGCCCCCUUUUGUGUCGUGUCUCUUGUUUUUUUAUUUUUUUUUCAUAUGGCCAUGGCCGUCCAAAGUUGUAAUUUUCAUUUUCAAACUUUUCUUUCACCAGAAAACUUUUUAUUUGUUUUUAAUUUUUUUUUUGUUUUUUGUUCCCUCCUUAACAGGAAAAAUGUGUAAGAUAUUUCUUGUUGCAAUGAAAAAGCCUUUCAGUACAAAACCAACCUUCUUUAAUACAGGAUAAAAAAAUAUGAAAGGAAUGAAAAGAAAAAAAAGUCAAAGAAGUACAUGUAAAUAUUGUAGAGGUGUUUGUUUCUCGUAGAAACACACUGAUUCCAAGCUGUAAAUAUGUCGUUCCUUUUCCUCUCUCCGUGAGGAGGAAACAUGUACAUACCUUCCAUUCAUUUAUUUUUUAUUGUUUUUUUUUUCCUUUUAAUUUGAUGAUUAUUUUAAUAUUAUUUGCAAUAUUUCUCUUGUAUUAAUGCGUUGGACCCUUUAUUAAUGGUGCAUUAAAAUAUUUUUUAAAUAAAUUCACUCAUGUGGUUCUUCAAAGGGCCCGAACGAUACUGGAUUUUCGGGACUGAUGCCGAUACCAA